CCAAUGAACGCGCAAUAUGUCAUUGUGUCACGCAUGCGCUCAUUAAUAGGCGGUUGAAAAUUAUUAAAUUAUCCGGGGGUUAAAAAAAGUGAUACCGGGUUUGCUUUAAAGUUAGCGGAAGCUGCGGAACUGAUUGAAGAAAGAAGAUGCCCCAAAAGAAGAAGCCUUCAAAAAAUAAUGCAAGGAAGAAAGUAUCCAAGAAAGCACAGAAUGUUGCAGUCCAACCUGAAAGUCCUGCGGUAGAGCAGCCUGAUGACAUCAUUAUAUCAGGAUCGAAGGACAGAAAGAGGAAUUCUCCAUUGUCAGAAAAAAUGCUGAUGCUUCCCGAUCUUUCCAGUAUUUUAAAGGAGCUUGACGAUCAGGAACAGGAUGAUGAACCGGAAGAGCCUUUUGACCCUCCUUUGCACAGCACCGCUGUUUAUGCUGAAGGUGACGACGCUCUGGAGAAAGAGGCAUGUAAAGAAAAGUCACCUCAGCAACUUCCACGUAUUCCAUCUGCUAGGAAGUUCCCAGGCACAAGCAUUCCUCAGAGUUCUAUCUCUAAAAACAAAAACAAUGAAUCAUCAACUAACAGCACAACCCAAAAAAACACUGCCCUAGAGACCCCAAAGCAGACACCCCAGAAGGUGGGAUCUCAGGAAACUGAAUCUAAGCGCUCGUCUGUCUUAGCUGCUUCUGCAAAAAAGAUUGAUUCAAAAGCGAUAUCUGGUCGAGGCUCUAGAAGUCGCACUUUAUUCCAAGAAGAAGCACAAUCAUCUCUGGCUACUGAAAAUGCUAAUAAAAGUAAAAGAAAAGCAUCCAAAAGUGAGCCAAGCUCACAAAGAAAGACUCCCAACAAUCCAAGAAAAAGACAUAAAUCUCACAACAUGGAAUUUAAGGCAUCAGGUAGUAGUGAGGCAAUACCCUUAACAAUUUGGAGUACAGAAAAUCUGCCUAGAAGUUCCAGAGACCUGAAUGAGCUAGAUAUAGUACUUUCUGAGUUUGAGAAAAUUAUUUCUGAAUACAAGGAAUCUGUUGAUUCUACUGUAGGCAGCAAAGCAAUAGAAACAUUCUUCAUGAGUCUGAAAGAAGAAAUUACUACUGCUAUAGAAAUGAGUCAGAAGCUGAAGAAUCUUAAAAGGAAAAAUACUAAGAUGCAGCUGGAAAUUGGAAAGAAGAGAAAACAUUUGAUUGAAGUGAGAGAUGAAAUAAUAGAGAAUGAACCAAAACUUAAACAGCUUCAGAAAGAAUAUUCAGAGCUUCUGGAAAAAAAGUCCUCUUUACAGAAAGCAAGAGAGUUCCUAACCAACCUUCAGCAGCUACAAGGAAGUUAUUUGAAGCACAAGCUUGAAAACCCUGAGUCAAAAGAAACAUAUGGAAUUUCCAGUCUUCCUGCUCUUUUACUGCAAUCAGAAACCAUCUUGAGAGCUGAGAAACAUUUCUAUAAUAUCAACACAAAAUUACAGAGUACUAUUGAUAAGAGGAAAGGUGAAAGUUGAGAAAUUUUUCUUUAACAUGGACACUUACUCUUUAACCCAGGAUGGAUCGGAACCAGACUAUGGCUUUUUUAUUAUAUACAUAGUAAUAUGCGGAUAGUUUUCUUAGCCAUUCUGCAUGUGUAUUUAUAAUUAUUUGCACUUGCUAUUUGUUUGCAAAGUAUACUUCCAAUAUAUAUAUAUAUAUAUAUAUAUAUAU